UCUAAAUAUUGACAAUCAAUUUAACAAUCAAAUAACGUAAUUUUUAUUUUUAAUGUUUCCGUGCGAUAAAAAAGAACAAUAACCAAUAGAAAAAAAAAUUAUCUAUCGAGAUCAACAAAUUUUGGCCGUUAUCGAAAAAACAAUAAUUUUUGAUAAAAAUGUCAAUUCCGAUGCCCCCGCCUCCUCCCCCUCCGGCACCAAUGAAAAUUUUGCCAUUAAAAAUAGAAAAUUCACCGGCAAAUUCAGUUCAAAGUCAGAAAAAUCUUGAAAAAUCAUCAAAUUUUGACAAUAGAGCGGCUCUCUUGGAAGACAUUGCCAAAGGUGUCAAGUUGAAAAAGUGCAUCACGAACGAAGGAAGGAAUGUGCAGUUCCUUGACGGCAACAACAACGACGAUCCUUCGUCUUCCGCAUGUGGCAGUAAAAACGAUAUCAAGUGCGGUCCGUUCCCAUCGGCACUUCAUGCGGAGCUAACAAAUACCCUUAAGAAGCGAAAGACGUCAGCAAUUGACGUGGAAGCGACCAAAAGUGGAAUUCGUACGUUCGAUCCGAACAUUUUGAAUACUCAUGUGCCACAACCGACGGGAUUGAAGAUCACGCAUGCAACUCCUAACUUUACUGUAACGAAGAAAAGUCCGGAAAUGAUGAAGAAAAGUGAAGUUUUGAUGGAAAAACCUCCGGUUAAGAGUGGUUUCAGCUCGAAAGAAUCAUCACCGAAGCCAGUUUCCGUGGAUGUUGUCGAUAAAAGUGCUCCGGAAAAGGUUUCACCGGUCUUUAAAAAGCUCCAGAGACAACUUUCGAUGUCGGAAGAUCGUGAAGAAGAGCCUAAAAAAGGAGUUUCAAGUGUAAAAGAGACUAAAAAAGAAAUUUCCAUGACUUUUCAACCUGAAAAAUCUCCGGAAAUGGUCUCUCCAAGCGUAAAAGAGCUCAAAAAACAACUUUCUGUUAGAGAAUUCGAUCAAGAAAGGUCCUCGCCAAAGGUUAAAGAACUCAAAAAGCAACUUUCUGUCGCAUCAACACAAACCGAAGUCGAUCAAAAGCUCGAAAAAGUCGAAAUUCAACUACAAAACAGCAUCAAAGACCUCAAAAAGCAACUUUCUGUGGAAACUCAGACCGAAAAACGUGCAGAAAAGAAAGAUUUCAAAGCUAGAAAUCCCCAAUUUUGGUCAAGUAACGUCAGACUCUUCUCCAAAAAGUCCUAAAAAAGUGACUCCAGUUCGCCCGACAGUAUUAAAAGUCAAUUCCAUCGACGCCAAUCAACAAUCUUCCAAGAAAAUCCGUCAUCCAGGUGCUAAUUUUACGCUGCCACGCAAAUCCCC